GUUAAAGUGUAUAUCCUUCUAGAUCAGUCUUCAUUUUCCCAUUUUCUGAAAAUGUGCAAGGAUCUGGGAGUUGACCUGGAACAGGAAAAGUUGAUGAGAAUUCGAAAUAUCACUGGGAACACAUACUACACGAGGUCGGGCGCCAAAAUUGUUGGAAAAGUCCGUGAAAAGUUCAUGUUAAUUGAUGGCAUUAGAGUGACAACGGGCUCCUACAGUUUUACGUGGACAGAUGGGAAGCUGAACAGCAGCAACAUUUUGGUCCUGUCAGGCCCCGCAGUUGCACACUUUGACCUGGAAUUUCGCAUUCUUUAUGCACGGUCAAAGCCUAUCAACCUCAAAGAGUUAUCCAGCUGCCGGAAGAAUAAGGUGUUGGACCAGCUGGUCAGGAUAACAGUGGCUUCCAGAGACUUGACCAGGGAAAACUUCCUGAGAAUGGAGUUUCUGUAUCUUAGAGCAUUUGCAGGAAAUCUAAAAAGGAAGCGAAGCUGGCUGCAUGCCUCAAGGGAGGCAGUCUACAUGUCGAAUAAUGCAAUGCAUGCCUCUCCUCCACUGACUAAGAGGAAUGGCUCUCUAGUUACGAGGCCACGCUGGAUCAUAGAGAGAUGAAUUGCACGUUCACUCCGAGCGAGAAGCAGAACCUCAGGGACCACGUCCAGCCGUCCAUGUCCAGUACUGUCUUACAGUAUGUCUGUGAGAGCAGCGGGGAAACAAACCUCGAACUGCCAGAAAGUGAUACCGGAAUUGUGGUUUCGUUUGAAGACCACCAUAACGCAGAUCAACUGAUACAAUUAUGGUACUGUCUGAGGCUCAGAUGUGUUCUUAAAAAAAACUUGUAACACCUGGAAAGCCAUUAUUGACUUCUAGUAUUCUGUCAGAUUUUCAUUUUUCCACCUAUUCUUACAUGUUUUA